AUGGAGGUUGAUCAGCUGGACGUCGCUGCUCCGUCGAGCUCGCGAUCGGACUCGAAACUAUCGACUCUGCAACCAACUGCGCACCGCGACCGCUUCUUGCAUCUUCAGACCUCGGCUCGAUUCGCCGGUGCUUCCAAUCCGACGGCCCAAUUGGAUAGUAUAUUGGCCCUGCUGGAAGCGUACAAGGAUUCAGCCGCCCUUCCUUCAUUGCUGCUACACGAUUGGGACAUCUUUCUUGCCCUCGAGACUCGUUUGGCUGCUGCGACAAGUCCACUCUCACCCGACUCGCUGCGAGCCAUAUUCGAGCUGCACAAGGAUGCAAGUGCUUAUUUGACGUCGGUGACCCUCAUCAAGAGAUACUUAGGUCUUCUGGUCACAUACUUUUCACAGCUUUAUCGUGUGGACGAUCCCCUCUCCGCUCUGCAUACCUCUGAAAGUGCAUCCCCGAGCUCGACAACAGAUCCCGCUGUAAAGUGGACAAGUCUCGACUCAUGUCCGCUCAUCAACGUACAGCACUCGACGUACGAACCAUCAUCUCUGCCGCCACUCGCACGAGACACCGCGGGAGCAGCCGCAUGGGAGGCAGUAUGCGGCCUCGAAGCGACGCGCUGGCGGAUUCGAGAGGCCUACACGCGCUACGCCUACCAGCUGCUCGAGAGCCAAGAUGUCUGGAAACUCUACCUCGCUUUCGAAGAAGCCGUGCUCGCCUCCAACUUGGCUGAUCGCGAGCAGCAACUCGAAGCCAUCCGCCAUGUCUAUCUCGCCCGACUCAAAGUUCCGCACAUUGCCAUCGAUAUUACAUUCCAGGCUUUCUCGAGCUUCGUCACUCAAUACCUGCCGCCGCAGCAAUACGAAGACGAAAUGUCAGCUGCGAACGUGCUCGUCGCCGAGUCGAAAGCCAUCGUGCGGCAGAGGGAACAGCAUGAAGAUGCUUUGACUUCGUUGUUACGGAGCGGAAAGCUUCAUGCUCCCGGAUCAAGGCACGAUCUCGAUAGCUUUGCUGCGAUUUGCAAACCUUACCUCCGAUGGCAGUGCGGUCGCGCCACACGAGCUGUGCGAUCCAAGGACAAGGCAGCUGCUCAGACGGAGCUCGACCUUACUUGUGCCCUCUUCGAUAGGCUCAUCCCGCACUUUGGUUUGCACCCUCCAACUACCUACAAGCACGAGCUCGUCUACUACUCGGACGACGUAAGCGGCUCCGAGCGCUAUUCCCGACAACUCAAACGUCUCAGCCACGAAGAGCGUGAGGCGCGUACUCAGCAGGAGCAGCAGCUGUGCACGGAACGGCUUUCGUUGGCCGAAGAUCUGUGGCUCGACUACAUCUCGGUGCUCACAUCUUCACCUCGUCCGGACGCUUCGCUCACCAUGGAUGUGUGCGCGCGAGCGGUGCAAUGUCUCCCAACAACGACCAGCUUGUAUUGCAUGCUGAUGCGCAACUCGGCGCGCUUCCGACGUUCGCGCCCUCAGAUCGAGCAAUUCUUCGAAAAGGUCAUUACCCCCGGUGCGCUGGAUCUCAAAGCUUCAGAGCUGACGGAUCUCUGUCUGACACGUAUCGACUGCGAGCGCGAGCUGGCUAGCUUUGAUUUGGCUGUCAAAGCAGGUGCGGGAUUCGAUGUGGAUCCGUCACAAGACAUGGAAAAGUUCACCGAGAUCUAUGCGCUGUUGAGCUACUCUUUGGGUAAGCUGGCUGAGCUGGGUGACGAUCAGCGCGAUCCGAGCUUGCGUCUCGAGAAGGCGACUGUCAACUGGGUGGAAAGAGCUGUGUUUGCAAUGGGCGGUCCGACGUCGGAAGGUGGGGCAGGGUUGAACGAGCUCGCAGAGUCGGUGUGGCAGACGGCUGUGGUGCAGCAACCUGAUAACGCGCGCGUGUAUCACGAAGCCGCCGGAUACUGGACGCGGCGUUUCGAUGCGAGGAAAGCACGUGGAUGGUUCAAGGCUAGUGUGUCGAAGCUGGAACGCAGGCAGGCGCAGGAGUCGACGCAAGAGUAUCAGGCGCUGUUGCAGGACUGGGUGCAGUUCGAGCACCAGCAUGGGUCUAUCGAGGAGAUUGAGUAUGCGGAAGCAAAGGCUAGAGCGGAACGAAAGCGUGCAUUGGAGGCUUGGUACGCGCAGUAUUCUCAGUACGCGUACUCAGCCGAGGCUGGAGCUGAGUCUCAGCCUUCUGCACACACGAACGGCGAUGGAAGCACGGCGAUGCAAGUGGAAGUGCCGUCCAAUCACAUCGAGCAUACGAGUGCUGGAAAGAGGAAAGCGGACGACGAUUCGGAAGAGGCCGAAUUGCAGAUCGCGGACGCAACCAUGUCGGUACGUCCCGAGAACGCAGCUGUUACUGCCGACACAAGCAUCGAGCAACCCAAAAAGACACGUACUCACGACGCCGAUACUGCACAGUCUCGCGAUCGCGAGCACUGUUCCGUACUGAUCUCCGAUCUUGAUCCCGCCACCGAUGCUUCGGCGAUACGACACCUGUUGCGUGGAUGUGGACGUAUUAUCGAGCUGACGGGUCCGACGGUCCUCACCUCCUCCGAGGGCAGAUCAUCCGCAGCCGCGCUCGUCGAAUUUGCCGACGCGACCGGCGCAUCAUCCGCACUCACGCGCCACAACAAGCUCAUCGAUUCAAGCCCGGUCUCGAUCCACAUCGGAUGGAAGUGCACACUCUUUGUCACCAACUUUCCCGAGGACUGGGAGGACUCGUCGGUCAGAUCCGCCUUCUCACCCUACGGCCUCGUCUUCACCGUUCGAUGGCCUAGCAAGCGAUUCAGUGCAAAACGACGAUUUUGCUACGUCCAGUACACGACGCCCGAGUCAGCCGCGGCGGCGGUGGCCGCAUUGGAUAAGACCGAAGUCGCGCCUGGACGAAAACUCAACGUUGCACUUUCCGAUCCAAGUCGAAGGAAGCAGAGGAGUGAUGCGCAGGAGGAUGGGAAGGAGCUGUUCGUGUCCGGAUUCCCGCGCAACAUCAGCGAGGACGAGCUCAAGGUGUACUUUGAGGCGUACGGCAGCGUCAAGGGUGUCAGGUUGUUGAGGAAUGCAGACGGAGGGUUGAGGGGGAUUGGGUUUGUGGAUUUCGAGACGCAGUUGGAGGCGGCGAGGGCGAUGAAGGAGUUGAACUCGACUAAGUGGAGAGGCAAGACGAUUUCCGUUACCAUCGCCGACAGCAGAUCGCACGUGGAGAGGAAGGAGGGGGCGGAGGAGAAGAGGAAGAAGAGUGUGAGGGUGGAUGGGUUGCCGAUAGAUGCUCAGGAGGCGUUGAUCCAGCAGGCGGUGGAGAGGGAGGUGGGGUUGGGGAGUGUUAAGCAGGUCGCGUGGAAAGCGGAUGGUACGGGUGGCAGGGCGACGGUGGAGUUUUGGAAUGAGAAGGAUGCGGGCAAGGCGGUGUUGGUGGGAGGGGCGGGGGGUGUUAGGUAUGGGGAGAGGGUGUUGAGUGUCACCGCGGUGGAGGAGGGAGGUGCUGCGGGGGAUGCGCCCAAGACACAAGUUGCAACAGAGACGACGGGUAGCGGUCAGGGAGAGGCAGCGCCAGCGGCCUUGGCGUUCAUGCCGAGAUCGUCGAGAGGCGGAAGGGGAAGGGGUAGGGGAAGAGCGUUCGGGCUUGCGCAUUCGGCUCAUACCAGCGGUCAAAGUCAACAGCAAGAGGGAGGUGCGCCAGCGUCGCAGGCACACCCUGGUGAGGAUAUGGAUGUAGAGCCUGCCAGCAGCGAGCAGCUAACCGGCCAGGAUCGCUUUCGAGCCAUGUUGCAACGUCGAUCGUGA